GGCCAAAGAAUGACAUCUCUUCUCAUCAUCUUAUUCCCUUCUACUUAAAUAAAAAAAGAAGAAGAAAAAACCCAUCAUUGCCUCCAUCUUCUGGUCAAAGGAUGACAUCAAUCCCUAUCAUCUCAUCCCCUCCUAUAUAAAGAACCCAGUACUACCUUCAUCUCUGACUCAUAGCAAUAUACAUACAUCGUAUCACAGGGAAAUAAUCAACAUAAUCAGCAACAAUGGGAGCCAAGAAGCAUACCUUGCAAGUGCUUCCAUGGCUACUGCUCUUUGCGCAGCACACUGCAGCCAGUGCCUGCGACUGUGCUAACACCACAGACGGGGCAGACAGACAGGGUGCAAUGAAGCUAAAGCUCAUUGCCAUUGCAUCCAUCCUUGCAGCUGGGGCGGCUGGUGUCUUGGUGCCAGUGAUUGGCCGCUCCAUGGCUGCGCUGCGCCCUGAUGGUGACAUCUUCUUUGCUGUCAAGGCAUUUGCAGCCGGCGUCAUCCUUGCCACUGGCAUGGUGCACAUUCUUCCAGCGGCGUUUGAUGCGCUCACAUCUCCAUGCCUCAAAAGGGGUGGUGGGGAUAGGAAUCCCUUCCCCUUUGCGGGCCUUGUUUCAAUGUCUGCUGCAGUGUCCACAAUGGUGGUGGACUCAUUGGCUGCUGGAUACUAUCACCGGUCUCAAUUCAGGAAGGCACGCCCAGUUGACAACAUCAACGUACACAAGCAUGCUGGAGACGAGAGGGCUGAACAUGCACAACACAUAAAUGCGCACACACAUGGAGGACAUACACAUUCACAUGGUGAUAUAGUGGUCUGUGGCUCACCAGAGGAGGGUUCAGUAGCUGAAUCAAUUCGACAUAAGGUAGUAUCUCAGGUUCUUGAGCUGGGAAUCUUGGUGCAUUCAGUUAUCAUUGGAGUAUCCUUAGGUGCAUCUGUGAGGCCAUCUACUAUCAGGCCACUAGUUGGUGCCCUCAGCUUCCACCAGUUCUUUGAAGGUGUAGGUUUGGGUGGUUGCAUUGUUCAGGCUAAUUUUAAGGUAAGGGCAACCGUCAUUAUGGCAAUAUUUUUCUCCCUGACUGCACCUGUGGGCAUCGUGCUAGGAAUUGCAAUUUCAUCGAGCUACAAUGUGCAUAGCUCAACUGCCUUCGUCGUUGAAGGAGUCUUCAACUCAGCCUCAGCAGGAAUUUUGAUCUACAUGUCCCUAGUUGACCUUCUAGCAACAGAUUUCAAUAACCCGAAGCUACAGAUUAAUACAAAGCUUCAGCUCAUGGCAUACCUUGCACUUUUCCUAGGUGCUGGACUGAUGUCAAUGCUUGCCAUAUGGGCAUAGAUCUUCAGAAUAACAGAGGAUCUUAUUUCCCAGAUAGGCUUGAUUUGUAUUAAUCUAUGAGUUUUCUAUCUUCGCAAAAUAACAUACUCUUGGUGGAGUAUUUAUUGUAUCCAUCCUAGAUUUUCUAAAACCAAAGCUUAUCUCAGGUGAUCUCUUUGUACUUUAUGAUAUGAUAAUACAUGAUGACUUAACUUGUUCUUA